UCCGGGAAAUGAGUUACGUGUGUCCAAAAAUAAAUGACGUUACUUAUAAAAGAGCACACCAGGUAGAUUUAUUUAUUCUGCGGGUGUGACAUCAUGGCUGAAGUUAUGACAAAUCUUUCACUGAAGCAGAUUGAAGAGAAGUUUCUGGUUUCUACGAAGACAGGCUUUCUUAUUGAUUGUUCUAUGGUAAAAUUUCCCGAGUGCUGGAGCCCAUUCGAGGAAAUAGCUGCACAUUUGAAACAGUAUGUGGAGGAAAAGAGCAUACGGAGAAAGAUUGAGGAGUUAAACGGCCACCUCUGCAUCCCAGAAGACAAGUUGCAACAACUAUGUCUGCACAAAAUUUUGACAUUCUUAACCUCUGGAUAUGUUUGGCAGGAUGGCGAAAACGACGUACCAAAGAGACUUCCCAGAUGUGUGGCAGUCCCGUUGACACGUGUGUCAGAUGCUCUGGGGAUGAAGCCAAUUUUAAGCUACCCUAGCAUGAUAUUGGCCAAUUGGCAGAAGAAAGAUAUGAAUGGGCCAUUUGACUUCUCGAAUCUGAAUGCCAUGUAUCAGACCCCAGGAGGUAAUGGUGCUGAAUGGUUCAUCCUCACCCAUGUCAUCAUAGAACAGAGGUUCGCACCAGCCAUAAAGGCUGUUAUUGACGCCAUGAAGUAUUCGACAGAAGGUCAAGCGGAUGACGCAGCACUAGUCACAGCCUUGAACGUCAUUCCAAAUGUGCUGUCAGAAAUGUGUGAAACAUUCAAGAAAAUCAAUGGAGGUGUGGAACCAGCACAUUUCUACGAUAACCUGCGGAUAUUUUACACAGGCUGGGGUGGUGGUAAGGAACCGCUACCUGAAGGUCUCAUUUAUGAAGGCGUAUAUGAGGACGUACCAAAACCGAUGAAGGGAGGGAGUGCUGCCCAAAGCACUACCCUGCAGGUACUGGAUGCAGCACUAGGCAUCGAGCAUGAAGGAGAGGAAAAGGAGUUCCUUGACGAAGUGAGAGACUACAUGCUAAAAGAACACAGCGACUUCUGCAAAUAUAUGCGGAAUGAAAGCAGCGUAAGAAACUAUGUGGAGCAUUGUGAAAAUCUGGAUGUAAAAAUGGCCUAUAAUAAAUGUAUCAACGCGAUCCAGAGCUUCCGGAAACUUCACAUACACAAGGUCGUUCAGUACGUAACGACACCUUCAAGGAGAGAAAAUAGGAAUAUGCAGGUGGAAGCAAUCCGAGAAACCGGAACAGGCAGCACCCCGUAUCUCCAAUUCCUGAACCAAAUAAACAAGGACACUGACGCGUGCAUACUGCCAGAAUGAACUAACGGAUGCAGUUCCUGUCACAUAACAUCGGUGUAAAUUACUACGGACUGGUUGAAUACUGACCAUGCUAUAAUGUGCUUUAUAUGUAUAUGCAGAAACAUGAAAUAUUGAGCCAACAUAUUAGAAUGAACUGGAGACAAAACAUUGGACUGUAUAAUCUAAAAUUCGGUGCAUUCAUUCGUUCAAUCUCAUCGUUUUCCUUCAAUCUAUUUUGAAUUGAUGAAUUAUAAUGUUGUAUUUUGAAGGAUUGUAACUCAGCAGUGCUUGCAAAGACUUUCUAAUGGAUCCUAGAUUUUUAUUUGCUUUAACAGCAGUAGGUUAAGAUGAUGACUUUAACUGAUUACUAAACAAGUAUAAACAUUAUUUGAAUGUUGUUCAUUAAAGGAUUUUAGCGUAUGUUAUGUUUGGGGCAGUUUAAACUUAGUCAUAUAUUUUUGGUUAGACCAGUUACAUGAUUUAAAUGAUUCUAUUAAUAUGUUGUUGAUCCGAAGGUUACAGAUUUGUAUUUCCUGACGAAGUUGUACUGUUAUGAAUAUUUAUAAUAUGUGUACAAUUCACAUCAGUUUAUGUAUAUGCAUUGUAAUUAAGAUGUUCUUAUCAUCUAAUAGACGACUUGUCACUAUGAUCAUGUCAGAGUAUUAGGCCGACCAUCACUGCACCAAUGUGAAAUGUUCUUUUUUAUAUAAAGCUGUGGUAUGUAUACAUAAAACGACUGGAUGGUCCCGAGAAUAAACUUUUCUGUAUUGUCAUUUUUACCUCACUGAUUAAAUAUAUAUAUUAUAUAUUUUAUGUAACAUAGUAAAAACACAACACCCUAUACCGCUGUGCCAUAUCCACAUAACUAAAAUGAAUAAAUUCUAAAAGAAAAAAACCCCAAAAAACUCUGACAUGAUCAUAUUAAAAAGUCGCCUACUAGAAUAUAUGAAUGCCUGGAUCACAGUGUUUAUACGUACAGGGAUGUAAAAUUGUACAAAUAUAAAUAUUCAUUACAUUACAACUAUGACAAGAAAUUCAAAGCUUUACCUCUAAAUAUAUGUUGUUUUAAAAUGCUAUUCCAAUAUAUCUUUAUGAUUAAAUGUAUCUUC